CAGUGGAUGAGGAAUCAACUACCCAGACUUCUCACAUUAGUGACCCUGAGAAGUCUGUCCAAUUUUUGAGUUACAAAGAUGGGGAUGUACAGUAUGGAGUGAGGAUGAAGGUGGAUGAGCUAUAUGUCCAUGAAACUGGAGCCCCACUCGAUGAUACAAUUUUUUGGGAUUGUAAAAUAUCAAAGGCAGAGAGAGCUGAUUUGAUACGUCACCAGAGAGAACACCAAGUGCAUUACCCAAGUUACGUGGGACUUGACCAAAGUAGUAUCAGAGAUGUAAAUACCCCCAUAGUGGGGAAGAUAAGAGCAAUACCAAGCACAUUGGCUUCAAGCUCUUCAGCUGCAGAUGAUACAUGCCGACAAGAAACUCAGUAGCUCCGAACAAGGACGAUACAAGUUCCGAUACAGAUACUGCGUCAGAAAAGUCAGAAGCAACUGUAAGUGCCGCUGACACGGAACCUUAUGGAGAGGAC